UUGCCUCAGGCAGCUGCCGACAGACGGUGAUGAGGAACAGGAAGAGAAACUGUCACGGACGACCAAGCCCCUACAUUGGAUGACAGACAGAGGAACUGACUGACAUUAGGAAAUCCUACUGGUUAGAAGCCGACAGCGCAGAGGCUGCGAUGAUGGCAACACAAACACAGGCCCCAAGUGCCAGAUCCAUAGAAGUAAGCGUUUACCACAACCAACAGGACCCAAGCUGCAGACUGUGCAAGGCUGCCCCAGAGACUAUCCAACACAUGGCAGGCAACAGGAUGUAAGAUGCAAGCUGGGUCUGUGUGCAAGAACAUCUGUGCUGCAUAUACCCUAAAAGUCCCCAAGUCCUGCUGGGAGACACCAACAAAGGUGGUUAAGAGAAACAGGCCAAAUGCGCUGUGGUGUGAGUUGUGUUAAAUGUGGUAAUCGCAGCAGACAGCAACAUCAGGAAGAAGGAGCAGGAGAAAAUAGUAAAUUACCAGCGGCUGAAUGAACAUCUGGAACAGAUGUGGAAGUCCAAAGCGAUCCCAGUGGUAAUCAGGGGUCUCCAUCCAGGAGAGUGCAACCCCGGAAACAACCUGCAACCUUCCCUCAGAUGGGAGAUAUAUGUUAAUAUCUAUUUAUUAAUAGUAGGCACACUUAUUCACCUCUCCGUUGCUGCGUGUGCAUUCAGAGCACGUUCAUGUUAUCAGUUUCAUUUAAAUGACAUUUUUGCACGAGCGGAGGAUCCGACUCCACUGGAUUCUUUAAACGUGCAGCUUCACCUAGCUCACCGCUGGAUGUCUCACUUUUCUAAGAUAUAAGGCUGAAGGGAAAGCAGGCAGACAGACAGGAGGGGAGGAGGCGGCGAUGGUAACGUGUGGGCUUGAUUAUUAUGCAGCCAAAGAGCCUGGGUAAUAGAGCUAUCAGUGAGAGGCAGAAAGAGCUCUCGGCGCGGAUCGCUCAGUUUCCUUUUCUCUCUCUGCUCUCUUAUCCUCGGGCACAGCUCGGAUCGGAGGUGGCAGGUGACCAGUCUGUCUGUCUGCUGGACCCCAGCGGCGGAUGUUCUUGGGCACCUUCUUCCCACCGCGGUGAGGCUGGACGGAUAAACUCACCAUGGCGCUGGAAGCGGAGGGGAACAAGCUGCAGCUGCAGGACGUGCUGGCGAGACCGGGCAACGACAAGUGCGCGGACUGCGGCAAUCCAGAACCAGACUGGGCGUCGCUGACUUUGGGUGUGUUUGUUUGCCAGGCCUGCUCGCUCCUUCACCGGAGCAUCCCACACAUCAGCCGAGUCAAGUCUGUCCAGGACACAUGGGAUGCCAGCGAGGUGGAGUUAAUGGCUGCAAUGGGAAACAGUGCAGCCAAGGCCAAAUAUGAGCAGAAGGUUCCGGCUUUCUACUAUAGACCAACACACACUGACUGCAAACUGCUGAGAGAGCAGUGGAUCAGAGCCAAGUACGAAAGGAACGAGUUUGAAUUUAUCGAGAAGCAAGAGCCAUACUCUGCAGGGUACCGAGAGGGGUUUCUAUGGAAACGAGGAAGAGACAACGGUCAGUUUCUCAGCAGAAAGUUUGUCCUGUCAGAGAGGGAGGGAGCGCUGAAAUACUUCAACAAGCAGGAUGCCAGAGAUCCCAAGGCAAUAAUGAAAAUAGAAACCCUCAAUGCCACCUUCCAGCCUGCCAAGAUUGGCAACCCCUGCGGACUGCAGAUCACCUACCUGAAAGACAACAGCACAAGGAACAUCUUUGUUUACCACAGCGACGCCAAGGAGAUGGUCGACUGGUUCAAUGCUAUCAGAGCUGCCAGGUUCCACUACCUGCAGGUUGCCUUCCCGGGAGCGAGUGACGAAGAGCUGGUGCCCAAACUGACCCGAAGCUUUAUGAAGGAAGGCUUUAUGGAGAAAACGGGUCCAAAGCACACUGAGGGCUUCAAGAAGAGGUGGUUUACGAUGGAUGACAGGCGGCUCAUGUAUUUCAAAGACCCUCUGGAUGCCUACGCCCGCGGGGAGGUGUUCAUCGGCAGCAAGGAGAACAGCUACACUGUCCUGGCUGGCUUGCCUCCGUCCACACAGGGCUACCACUGGAACCACGGCAUCACCAUCGUCACGCCAGACAGGAAGUUCCUCUUUGCCUGUGAGACCGAGGCCGAGCAACAGGACUGGAUAGCCGCUUUCCAGAGGGUCAUAAAUCGACCAAUGAGGCCACAGGAGUACGCAGUGGAGGCCCAUUUCAAACACAAGCCUUGAAAUCUGCUGGAAACCAAGCGCUCAACUGGACCAGCCCGGUCUCAUUCAGAUCAGAGACGGCCCCAGGGUGCGACCACUGACCAUGGCUAGAAGAGGCGGGGUGGGUCUUAUGGGUCACGAGGGGUUUUAGGGAUGGGCCGAGAUGGGAAAACACGAAGAAAGGAAAGGAAACACCGGCAGGACUCCAGUCUGUCUCGUGUACGAAGCCUAAAACUCUAACGGGACUCGAGGCCCCUCAUGGCCAAGGGUAGAUGAUGUCAUCACUCUUGCGCUUACCAACCUUGUGUUGUACAUUAUCACAUCAGAAACCCUUUCCUCUCCUCUCCUCAGCCAUGUGGACCCUUCCCCUUGCAACAAGCUCCUCCUCCCCCUUCCCACCCAGAAUUUUUUGUCUUGUGAAUGGUUCAUUCUGUCUGUAAUCUAAUGUAAUUAUGUAAUCUAGAGUCAUUUCACUGGUUGCUUAACAAAGACAAUGCAUUGUUAAUUUAUUGAAUGUACAGUUUUGAUGACAGUGGCUUAUUCUGUGUGCGUGCGACGUUUUUCAUUGAGGACACUGUGAGGUUGAACCUCCCGCACUAAAACCCUGGUAAACCUGAAAUCUGCAAAGUGCUGUUAACAACAAAUAUGCAUACGAAACACACAAACAUACACACAACAAUCUCUCAGUGAGCACCUCUGCUGUUUCGGCAGCACGAGGUGGCAUAUCUGCAUCCAGGCAGGGUUACCUUUCAAACCUCAAUCUGACAGAUGUUCUCUUAUUUAUUUGUACUGUUGAACAUACUGAGUCAUCGUAGACGGUUAUCGCUGCUUUCCAGGAUUGUAAUGUGACAGGAUUGUAAUUUAUAUGACACUUCUACAGACGUUUCGUUUAAUCUUUGCAUCUUGUUUUAAAGACACAUGGUUGUGUUGAUCCUUAAAUCACAGUGAUAGUUUGUUUCAUUAUAAAAUCAAUACAAAGGAUCCUGAA